UUACUCCACCUCCUCUGCUCCGGCAAUCAGAUUCCUGAAGAUUUUCUUGUUUGAAGCUCAGCACAGCUUUCUUCUACUUGUCUGCCUGCCUCUUAAUUCUAAACCUUUUGCCAACUCUGCGAGUAUUUCUCGCUGUGCAAAAAAAAAAAUAUGCCUCAAGAUAUUCCUGGGUUUUAUUAUGAUCCGGAGAAGAAUAGAUACUUCACCAUUAAGAGCCCAAUGCCUGGCUCUGCUCCAUCCUCUUCAUAUGCUCCUAAAAAGGCGGUUUCUAAACCAACCAAGGUAACCAAGUCAUGUAGGCGAAUCUGGCUGAAAACUUCUAAAUUACUUCAGUUCAGGGAGUUGCAUGGUAAUUCUAUUGCUUCUAAUAAAGGGAACUGUAACUUCGAGGAGGAAUUCCAAAAGUCACAAGCAUCCUGUCCUUUGGUGUGGAAGUAUAGUGGAACGCAAAAGAUACCCUAUGGUGCUUUGGAACAGAUACACAUGGGUGUUCAGACGCCAGAGGGUCAAACUCAAACAGAUGUUUUAUUAACAGGCGGCAGAAAUAAUUCUUUAAGUUUUUUUGAAGUUGGAAAAGUUGGUCAAAGUUUCGAUUACGGGACGCAAUGCAUUCCAGAUCUUGCAUGGCCAAUCAUUAAAGGAAACAGAAAAGAGUGUUCUAAAUUCCCUAGGAAUAUAUGCCGACCUGCAAGAGGUUCAUUACUAAUGUCAUCAAAUAUAUCUUCUAUCAAAUUGUUUAGGAAGAACCAUCCUUGUGCAACAGAUGAUGGUUCUAACAUCCCGCAUGCCUUGAUAUCUACUUUGGGAUCGGAGUCACAUGGUGGAUCCCUUUGUGUUCUUAAUCUCGUUGAACCCUUAGAUUUUUAUUCUACAAGGAUACAAGAAGUUGGAAUGUUUAAUUGUACUAUUUGGACAGCAGAUUGUGGAUUUAAUGAGAAUCGAGCAGUGAUUGGGACCAGUAGGGGAGCUGCUUUAGUUGAUUUAGGAACAGGAUGGGCAUUUUGGAUGUUGCAUAGUAAAAGUGAUGUUUUGGCACAGCAGCUUGUGCACUCGGGAAAUGUUGUUUUAUGUGGACUCAGAAAUGGGGCAAUUGUAACUGUGGAUGUUCGUCAGAGACCAGAAAGUGUUUCUGAUAGAGUUGUUAGACCUAGAACACAUCAGUUGCCUCUGGAUAACACUGCUGGAAAAUCUACGCAACGGUGGUUUAAGCUCUCUGGAAACAUAUGUCGUUCUCAGACUGUUUUUCUGCCUUCAUCUAUCUCAUGUUUAGCAUCACUCAUGUUCGAUGACCAGUACUUCUUGGCAAGCUCCAUGGAUGGAUCGCAGGUAAAGCUUUAUGACCUUCGUCUAGUCCAGAGAGGAUCUAUACAAUCUUAUGAGGGACAUGUGAAUUCCCAUACUCGUAUACAAAUCGGAGUUGAUCCAUCUGAGAAAUUUCUCAUGUCAGGUGGAGAGGACUGCAACUUAAGGCUUUGGAGUAUCAAGUCUGGCGAACUGCUAUUUGAGGAUAAAUUCUCUAGUUCUGUCCCCUCAACUGUGUGUUGGCGGAGAGCAGAAAGAUUAAUGGUUUUGCCAGAUGAAGGACAAAGCUUUCAAGAGUACUUUCAACCAGAAAGUUAUGAAUCUGGGGCAUGGCUUGGAUCUCAGGAAGGAUUGUUUUACAUGCAGUGGUAGUUAUUGAUAACCAUACACAAGCUUAAAGAAAUGUCAACGUGACAACACUACUUGGCACAAGGCUCUUCCGAAAUCAUCCCGCAAUGCUUAAUUAGUUGCUCAUGAGAGGAGAAAACAAUAUAGGCAAGGUGCAGGUCUGAUGAUCACACCUUUUGUAUUUAGAUUUCAAUACUGCUUCUUGUUUACAAGUACUGUUCAAAACAUGUACAUGGUAGAAUUUGAGAUUUUUUUUUUUUUUUCUUUUGUUUUUUGCCCAGUAUAAAGUUAGGACUAAAUGGCCAGUAAGUCAGAAAAAGGUUUUUACUCUUGCUAAAUUAUGUAGAUAAAUUCCUAAAUUAUGUAGAUAAAUUCUUUGAUGCUUCAAUGGAGAAAUGGGCUUCUAGAAAAGUGAAUUUAUUUUAUCAA